GCACGCUGGGAGUUGUAGUCUCUCGGCGUGCCGUCAAGCGAAACGCCACGGCGGCUUUUGCGACGGCGGCGCCGUAAAGCGCGGCGUGUUGUUGACAGCGGCGGGCGGAGUCGGAACUCGGCCCGGCGAGGGACGGAGUCAUGAGCAAAGCCAGGAGGCCGCCCCCGCCGCCGGGCCGUGGCGCCGCCAUCGCCAGGCAGAUGGGUUUGCUGGUGGAUCUCUCUCCGGAGGGGAUGGCGGGGGACGACGCUGGGGAUGAUGCCGCCGAGCUGGAGGCCGAGCUGCUGGCGCUGGUGGGAGGCCGAGCCGCGCCGGGAGAGAAGCCCAAGGGGAAAACCCCUUUGCCGAUGGAGGCGAUUGAGAGGAUGGCCGCUCUGUGCAUGAAGGACCCGGACGAGGAGGAGGAGGAGGAGGCAGAUGAUGACGAAGAGCUGGAAGACGAAGACGAUCUCAUGGCGGAGCUGCAGGAGGUGCUGGGUGAAGGGGAAGGGAGCGGGGACGCGCCGGCGCCUCUUGCCAAGGUGCCGGAGGCGCCUCCGGAGCCCAACGACAUCGAGUCCACGCUGGCGGAGCGGGCGAGCAUGUACCGGACGGCCAUCGCCAACGCCCGGCAGGCCGGGGACGGCUCCAAGGUGCGGCGCUACGAGAGGGGCCUCAAGACACUGGAGAACAUGCUGGCUUCUGUCAAGAAGGGAAAAAAGAUCGACGAGGAGGAAAUUCCCCCUCCGGUAGCGCUGGGGAAGGCUGGGAGCUCACCGCAGCCCGUCCCGGCGUCCCCGCUGCCCGCCGCCCGCCCCGGCUCCCCGCAGCCGCCGCCGCAGCCGCCCCCCGUUCUCCCGAAGCCCCAGGUCCUUCCCGUCAGCUCUCUGCAGACGAAACCGGCUCCUUCCUCGCCGUCUUCCCACCCGGGUAACGAUUUGGGUUCCGACCGUGCCGGCGUCGAGGCGCUGCUGCGGGCGCGGCAGCGGGAGUACAAGCUGGCGGCGCUGCACGCCAAGCAGCGCGCGGAUCUGGAGACGGCCACGAAGUGUUACCGGGUGGCAAAGAGUUUUGAUUCCCUGCUCGAAGCGGUGGGGAAGGGCCAGCCCGUGGAGCUGAGCAGCGUGCCACCUCCUCCCGACCAGCUGCCGAAGGAAUCGUUGUCGCCUGGCCGGCCGCAGUCUGCCACAGCGGCGCCUGCGCCAGAAGCUAAACCGGCAUCUCCCGUGGCAGACGUCCCCCCGCCUCCCCGGGAUACGCUGGAAGCUCUGCAGCAGAGGAUGGAGCGGUACAAGGUGGCGGCGGCGCAGGCCAAGAGCAAAGGAGACGACCGGAAGGCGCGGAUGCACGAACGCAUCGUUAAGCAAUACCAGGACGCCAUCCGGGCGCACAAAGCGGGGAAAACGGUGGAUUUUUCGGAGCUGCCCGUUCCGCCAGGCUUCCAGCCCAUCCAGGGCGCAGAGACGCCGUCCGGAGAGCAGAGCAUCACCGGCGUGUUGGAAACGGCCAUGAAGCUGGCCAGCCAGGAGGUCCACGAGGAGGAGGAGGAGGAGGACGGCGCUGAGAAGGCAAAGCCUGCCGCCCGCCCUGCCCCGGCGAGAGCCGUUACCGCCUCGCAGCCCAAACAGCCGCCUCCCCGACCUUCCUCCACGGGCGCCCCGAAUCCCACCGCGGCGACCAAACCAACCCCCAAAACCGCGACGAAAGCCCAGCAGCAGCUGACGUUCCUGGAGGGCAGGAGGAAGCAGCUGAUGCAGGCCGCCCUCCGCGCCAAGCAGAAAAACGACAUCGAAGGGGCGAAACUCUUCCUGCGGCAGGCCAAAGGGCUGGACCCCAUGAUCCAGGCCUCGCAAAACGGCUUGCCCGUCGACAUCACCAAGGUCCCCGAAAUCCCCGUGAAUAAAGAGGAUUUUGCGCUCGUGCAGCGUCGCGGGGUUCACGUCUCCCCCGAGGCGGCCGGCCAGUACCUGGAGCUGAUGAAGGUGAUCCGGCAGCAGCACGAGAUGUGCGUGAAUUACUCCAAGCAGUUCACCCACCUGGGCAACAUCGCGGAGACGACCAAGUUUGAGCAGCUGGCCGAGGAUUGCAAGCAGAACGUGGAGAUCCUGAAGCAGGCUCACGCCCGGGGCUUCCCGCUGCCCAAAUACCACUACGAGCAGCGAACCUUCACUGUCAUCAAGAUCUUUCCGGAGCUGAACGGCAACGACAUGGUGCUGUCGAUAGUGAAAGGGAUCAACCUCCCGGCGCCGCCAGGUGUGGCUCCCAACGACCUGGACGCCUUCGUGCGCUUCGAGUUCCCCUACCCCAACGCGGAAGAAGCUCAAAAAGACAAGACCAACGUCAUCAAAAACACCGAUUCUCCCGAAUUCAGGGAGCAGUUCAAGCUGUACGUGAACCGGGGGCACCGCGGGCUCCGGCGCGUCCUUCAGACCAAAGGCAUCAAGUUCGAAGUGGCGCACAAAGGGGGCCUGUUCAAGACCGACCGCGUCCUCGGCACGGCCCAGCUCAAACUGGAGGCGCUGGAGACGACCUGCGAGGUUCGGGAGAUCCUCGAGCUCCUGGACGGCCGCCGGCCCACGGGGGGGAAGCUGGAAGUGAUCGUGCGGAUCAGGGAGCCCCUGAGCUCCCAGCAGCUGGAAACCAGGACGGAGCGCUGGCUGGUCAUCGACCCCAUCACCGUGCCGCCGGUCGCUGUCCCCAAACCGGCCGUCGCUCCCGCAAAGGAGGGGAACGGCAGCCGCGCCACGCUGCCCAGCCUCAACCUGCUGGCCUUCGAGCGGGAGAAGCUGGAGAAGAAGAUGCUGACCUACGCGCAGGCGCAGCGGCCGGUGCCCCCCGAGCUGCGGGACCAGCACCAGGACGUCGUCCGGCGCAGCCAGAACCUGCGGUCGCGCCUGCAGCGCGGCGACCCCCCCUUCCGCAAAGAGUACCUGGCCCAGCUGGAGCGGUACCUGCACCUCUACACCGAGACGGCGCGGCGCCUGGGCACCGAGGGCAAGCGGGAGGCGGCCAAGGAGGCGCUUUACAAGAGGAACCUGGUGGAGAGCGAGCUCCAAAAACUCCGCCGAUGAGCUCCCCCCAGGGGCUGGGACCGAGGGGGGUGCAGGCACUUUGGGGGGGCACACGGGACCCCCCCCUCCUGGCGCUGCUGUGACAAUCACAGGGAUCAGAGCUGCUACGUCCCCUCCUGGUGUCCCCCCCCCCGGGACAGGGUGACACUACCCCCCCCCCCCCCACUCCAGGGGUCCCCGUGUCCCCCCCAAGCACUUUGCCCCCCCUCCACCAAAGCGGGUCCCCAGGAAGGGACCGUCCCUGCUGUCACCCCCCCUAAGUGCCUGUCCCUGGGGGGGCCGGGGGGGGGGAGCGGGCUGCACAACGGGUUUAUUUUGUGCUUUCGCACACAAAUCUAUAAAGUUUUUAAGAAGAAAAA